AUGCGUCUUUCCACAAAAAGUGCUCUCCUCUCGCUGCUCGCUGUACCCGGGACUAUAGCAGCGAAUUCCUACAGCCUCUUCUCAGGAGCAGACAGUAUUGACUUUGACCUCACGAGCGCCAGCAACAGCAAUGCCGGGAAUGCGGCCGGAGUCCCAUGCCCCUGGACCAAGCUUACGCCUCUUUCCCACGAACAAGUCGUCACAAACUGGUACGCCCUCUGGGCCGGCAACUACAGCUUCCUGAGCAGCACCGUGAUGCCCAGCAUUGAAGUCUACCAAGACCGCUUCCCAACAGGAAACGGCUCCGCUCCACUCCGUAUAGGCAAUGCGUCCGCGUUUCUGGAAUUCAUAAAGCUUGCUAGGGCAGACUUCGAGACUUACGCAUUCACCGACGAGUUCCAUUUCGGGGUCGGCAAUGUGAUUGCGCUUCGUUGGAAGUUAAACGCUACCUUUGCCGGGUCGAGCACAGCGAAACUUGAGAGAGGCUCCCACGUGGCUUAUAACGGCACCGAUAUCAUGCUCCUGGACCCUUGUUCGGGCUUGGUGCAGCAGAUUCUAUCUGCGCAGGACCUCAUUACCUAUUACCAUGUCCUCCAGCAGCCCCUUGGGACCGUGUAA